AUGUGGAGAACCUCCUGGCAGCUGCUGAUUAUCUCAGUGUCUUGGGCAUCGUGCAGCGCUGCUGUGAUUUCCUGCAUGAGCAGCUCUGCCUCAACAACUGCAUUGGCCUUCUUAAAAUCGCCGAUGUCUACUGCGUAAACGAGCUGCACCAGUCUGCAUUCAACUUAAUCUUGAAAAACUUUAAGGAGGUUGCCAUCAGCUCAAAUGAGUUCCCAGAACUAAGUCUUGAACAACUUUCUGACAUCAUCGAGCAGGAUGAGCUUAAUGUCAGAGAAGAGGAUGUAGUGUUUGAGGCCAUCCUCCGGUGGAUCGAGCACGAGCCUGCCACCCGAGAGGCCCACAUUUCAGUCCUAUUGGCCAAGAUUCGGAUGGCUCGUAUGGAUCCGGAAUACUUCAUGAAAAUCGUCAAAGCCAACGAUCUAGUGAAGGCCAAUGUGGCGUGCAGGCCAAUCAUCACUGAUGUACUGAAGGUCAUCUAUGAUCUUCAUGAUGAACGUCCACGAUCUGAUUUUGAGAACCCACUGAUCCGCCCGCGCUUGCCCUCUGACAUUUUGCUGGCUGUUGGUGGAUGGAACAUGCGCACGACAAACUGGAUUGAAGCCUAUGACACCCGGGCCGACCGCUGGGUGGAUAUAACACAGGGGCAGGAGACUCGCCAGUCCGGCCAUGGCAGUGUGUGUUUAAAUGGCUUCAUGUAUUGUUUUGGGGGUUAUGAUGGCCAUAAUUUCACCGAUGCUGUGCUCAGAUUUGACCCCGUCGCACGGACAUGGCAGCACAUGGCCCCUAUGCACUGGCGCCGCUGUUGUGUCAGUGUGGCCGUAAGUAACGGCUUCAUCUAUGUGAUGGGUGGCCGUUUAGACGUGUCGCCUCUGAAUAUCGUAGAGCGAUAUGACCCAAAUGCCAAUGAGUGGACCAUCAUCCAGCCCAUGAACGAGGAGCGACAGGAUGCCAGUGCCACCACCCUGAAUGGAAAGAUAUACAUUUGUGGGGGUAGCAAUGGAGCUCAGACCACUUCCACUGCGGAGUGCUAUGAUCCACUCACGGGCGAAUGGACCUUGAUCGCUCCCAUGCGCACUCGCCGACGUGGCCUUGGAGUAGCGGCAUAUGGCACGCUGGGCCUCCCAUGA